GGCUGUGUGGUGAAGGAGGAACUCACUGUUCUUAUAAAAAGCUGCUGGAUGUGCUGAGAGCUGCUGAGUGAGAAUGGCACAGAACGGAACAGCGGAGAAUGGAGUGGUUUUCCCCCAGCCGGCCAAAGUGCACGACAUCCAACAUACCAAGAUUUUUAUCAACAAUGAGUGGCACACAUCCAGCAGCAGUCGAACAUUUCCGACCUUCAAUCCAGCAACCAGUGUCAAGAUCUGUGACGUGGAAGAAGCAGACAAAGAAGACGUGGAUAAGGCAGUGCAGGCAGCCAAGGCGGCCCAGCAGAGAGACUCUCCUUGGAGAAGAAUGGACGCAUCCAGUCGUGGACGUCUGCUGCACAAACUGGCUGACCUGAUGGAGAAGAACAGGCUCCUGCUCGCAACCUUGGAAACUCUGGAUACAGGGAAACCUUUCCUGCAGUCCUUCUUUGUUGACCUGGAAGGCAGCAUAAGGACUCUUCGCUACUAUGCCGGCUGGGCUGAUAAGAUCAAUGGCAAAAGUUUGCCCGUAGAUGAGACAUUUGUGUGUUUCACCAAACACGAGCCGGUUGGUGUGUGCGGUGCCAUCAUCCCGUGGAACUUUCCUCUUCUGAUGUUCACAUGGAAGAUAGCGCCGUCCCUGAGCUGUGGAAACACUGUUGUCAUCAAACCAGCGGAGCAGACCCCCCUCACAGCCCUUCAUGUUGGAUCGCUCAUUAAAGAGGCAGGUUUCCCUCCUGGAGUUGUCAACAUUGUGCCAGGCUUUGGUCCCACAGCCGGGGCAGCCAUUGCCAGCCAUAUGGAUGUGGACAAAGUGGCGUUCACUGGCUCUACGGAGGUUGGGCAGCUUAUCAAAGAAGCAGCAGCCAAAAGUAACCUGAAAAGAGUAACACUGGAGCUCGGAGGGAAGAAUCCAUGCAUUGUGUUUGCCGACUGCAACUUGCAGCUGGCGGUGGAAGAAACCCAGAAAGGAGCAUUCUACAACCAGGGACAGUGCUGCACAGCUGCUUCACGCAUCUUUGUGGAAGAAAGCAUUUACGAAGAGUUUGUGCGUCGAAGUGUAGAAAAUGCCAAGAAGAUUGUGACAGGAGACCCACUGGACCCCCAGACAACCCACGGGCCACAGAUCAACCAGCAGCAGUUUGACAGAGUGCUGGAGCUGAUAGAGAGCGGCAGAAAGGACGGAGCCCGGCUGGAGUUUGGAGGAGCAGCUGUGGGGGAGAAAAGCCUCUUCAUUCAACCCACCAUCUUCUCUCAGGUCCAAGACCACAUGAGGAUCGCCAAGGACGAGAUCUUUGGUCCAGUCCAGUGUCUGUUGAGCUUUAAGACCCAGCAGGAGGUCAUAUUGAGGGCCAACAGCUCCAAGUACGGCCUCGUGUCUGCCAUCUUCACCACGAACCUGGACCGCGCCCUGGACGUCUCUGCAGCACUGAAGACAGGGACCGUCUGGGUAAACUGUUUUAACGCCCUUCAUGUCCAGGCUCCCUUUGGAGGAUAUAAGAUGUCUGGCAAUGGAAGAGAACUGGGUGAGUAUGCACUGGCUGAGUAUUCAGAGGUGAAGGCAGUGACCAUCAAAUUGAGGGACACACUUUGAGGACAAACUGGA